AUAAAUAGCACGCAAAAAUUCAAUUGAAUAUCAGAUCCAUUUAUUUCUUUAAUUUUACAAUGAAAUUCUUCGUAGUGACGUGUACCCUUGUGACACUUUGGUUUGCAGUAGCAAAUUCAGAUUAUGCUUGCGACGCAUGCCACAAUAUAUCUUGCUUAAAAAACAGUCAAUGUUCUCCAGGACCAAAAUGUAAUAACUAUCGAAAUAUACCGUUGAGCGGUAAUCAAAAAAAUCAACUUCUGAAUAAACAUAAUGAAUUACGCAACCGGGUGGCAAAAGGAAAUCAAAAUGGUCAACCAAGUGCAUCAAAUAUGUAUGAAUUAGUAUGGGAUGACGAAUUAGCAAAUAUUGCUCAAUGUUAUGCAAACAAAUGUGUGUUUGAACAUUUUAGAUGUGAAUUGCCCAAAAGUCGGGGUGGUUUUGGACAGAAUAUUUAUGGAUCUUUUUCAUCAAAUUAUCCAAAUAAGUUAAAUUAUGAUGCAGCUGUACAAAGCUGGUAUAAUGAAGUGUCUGUAUUCCCAUCCAAUAAUGUUGAUAAGUAUAAAUUUAAUGGAAGCUACGGACAUUAUUCUCAAGUUGUUUGGGCUGAAUCAAAACGUAUUGGAUGUGGUGCAGUUUUGUUUAAGGAAGGUGACUGGUGGAAACAUCAAAUUUAUUGUAAUUAUGGACCACCUGGUAACUAUAUUGGAUCUUCUGUAUAUCAUCGAGGUUCACCUGCAACAAGUUGUAGCAAAGGACGAUCAAAUAAAUACGAUGGGUUAUGCAAAAAUUAAUGAAUAACAAUAUAUUAUUCAAUAGCCUUUACUGAUAAAUUUGUAAAAAAUUCAAAAAUUGGUGAUGGGAAAUAUAAAU